AUCUUUGGCGUAUGCCAUCAUUGCGUUGCUGCCAGUCUCACAUAUUCUGUAUUACUUUUUUUGACUGAAGUCAAAUUAGUGUAAUUGAAUUUAUAAUUUUAAUCUGGUAAGUCUAUUCUUAAUUUUAAUAUUAAUCUCAUAUAAGAAAGUAAGGAGGGAAAACGUUAUUUUUAAGGAGAAUAACUUUUUAGUGAGCGAUAAUAAAUAAAUAUUGAAUAUUCUCUUCUUAAAAUUAUAAUCUAGGCAAUUGAUAGAGUAAGAUUAAGUAAAAUGAAUAGCGAAUGAUAUUAUAUAAACUUUAUAGCUGUAAUUUCCUUAGGAAAAAUAGAUUUUAAUUAUUUGAUUACAUAUUAUUUGUUGAGCUCUUUCCAAACUGUAUAUUACAACAGAAACAGACAAAAGUUACAAUCAAUCAAUUCUUUUAAAACUGUGUAAGCAGUAUUCAAUAUCUAAAAGUAAUACAGUUCAUAAUUUUUCAUUGAUGUUGUCUAAAAAUACUUAAUUUCUUCAGGUUCAUAAUGAACUAAUGGAGGAAAACUAAAACAUUCUUUCUUGAAAGAAUAAAAUGGAAAUAAACUCUCAGAAUAACACUGUUGAAGAGAGAUUGCAGGAUACAGUAUGCAAACUAUUAGAUAAAUUGAUAAGCCAGAAAAAGGAAGAAGUCUAUAAAAUUGAUCAUGGAGUACGAGAGUGUAAAGAAACUUUGGAAAAAGUCAAAUAUAAAUGCGUCUUGAAAUAUUAUCCCUCAAGGUGGUCCGAUCUUGGCAAGAGGGAAGAAAAUGAUAGAUUAGAAAAAAAAGAACAGUUCCUUCUUCAUCCAACUGUGAAAAGAUAUCUUCAUAAAAAGCCAAAAAAUUGGUAUAUUGAUUCUGAAGAGUGUUUAAAUACUUUUGAUUGUUUGAAGAGACAGACCUUACCCGAUAAAUUAUCAACAGCAGAUAACGAUGAAUCGAAAACGGAGGCAGACACCCAUGAAGGAUCUAGAUUUUCCAAAUUUAAUCUUAAGAAAAAAAUUAUAGUUGGAAAUUUAUCAAGAUUUCUUCUCGAAGAAGAUAAUCCGUCUGAUAAUGCAACACAUAAAUGGAUGGUAUAUGUAAGAACACCACCAAACGAGAAAAAGUUGGAAACUUUUGUAAAAAGCGUUACUUUUUAUCUACACGAAAGUUACGCACCAAAUACUGAAGUUGUUAUAAAUAAUCCACCAUUUAAUGUUACUAGAAGAGGUUGGGGAGAAUUUCACCUAAAAGUGUUAUUAAAGUUUAAAGAUGAGAAAAAUAAACCGAUACUAUUGCAUCACAAAAUUAAAUUAGACAAAACUCUCUCAGGUUUACAGACAACAGGAAAUGAAACUACUACAACAAUUGAAUUGGAAUCUCCUGGUUUUGAUGAUAUUAAAACUGAAAAGAAUGAUAAUAAUACUGAGUUAUCUGAUAAUAAUGAAUAUAAUGAUAAAGAAUUUGAUGAAUUUAGCAAUAUUAGAAUUAAGGAAGAAGUUCCAGAGUCUACUGAAAGAGUUAUAGAAGAUAUGGAUAUUAAUAUAACGGAAUCCGCUAUAGAAUCUUCAUCGAUAAAUGUUGAAAAUAUCAAAAAGGAAGUCAUAGACGACCUUUCAAUUACUACUUCAUACACUUCUCCAGUCGAAAAUGCUCCGUGUAUAAAAACAGAAAAAGACGAUUCACAGGAUUAUACAGCUGCAAUAAAUUGGAAUAAUUCAUUAACAUCUGCUAAGAGCCCUCAAAUAAAAAAUUCCAAUCGAAGAAAGAAUACGUCUCCCUUAUCGAAUUUUCCUCAAAUAAAGAAAAUUUGCAUACUUAAUAGCGAUUUGAGAGUUAAAGAGAGAAGAGAGGAGAAGAUUGUGAAGGUUGGAUCUACUAAUCCAAGAUCAAUUCUUAAAAGCAAUUUGGUCUUUUCACUUUCUGGUCCAGAAGGAGUUAUUACUGAAGAAGAACCUUUGUGGAUGAAGACAAUUCAUUUAAAUAAUUAUCCUAAUUUGGAAACAUUAAUCAAUAUGAUUGCUCGAAAAUUUCCUCUUAUUGCGGAAACGUUUAGUGAUAAGCCAUUAUGCUCAUACCAAGCUAGCAGUAUUUCUGAGUAUCUUUCGUGGCCUAUCGGGAAAAGGAGAGCAUGCGAGAGAUUUAGAGCCUAUGAAAUUCGUCGCUGUGUUAGAAGCUUGUUAGGAAAUAAGGAUAUUUUUCAUAAAGAAAUUUUAUGGACUAAUUCAAAAAUUCUCAAAUAUCUUAGGCAACAUGGUUUUACAUUUUUAGACUCUGAAUAUUUGUCAUUUAUAAAACGUGUGCGAGUUUCUGAAAGGGAGACUAACGCAGAAUUUCGUACAUGGACACCAUCAAACACUAUCAUGGAUAACUUGAAAAAGAGUUCACAUUUGGCAAACACCUCUACUUUAAAUAACCUAUCUUAUCGUAAUAUUUCAUUAAAUGUUCACGAUUCUGAUGAUGAAGAUAUAGACAUUGUAAACGUGGCUGAAAACGAUUCUCCUAAAAAGAUGAUUGCAUUAAAUUAUAGUCGAGAAAAAACUUCAAAAGAUGAGUUAUCAGAGAUGAGUAAAGAAGCUGCGUUCGUUCAUCAUCAAGCGGAAUUAAUUGGGAUCAGACUUAAAUCUGUUCAAGUUGGAAAAACAAAAAGUACUGGUUUGACUGAAGAAAUUAUUUUCAAGUCUGCAACUUUACUCAUGGAAGAUCUAGUUAGGAAAUCAUUAGCAGUGGCACUUGCUCAGAAUCAAAAUGACCUAGAUAUAAAUAGUCAAACUGUUCAAGCUGUUUUAAAAUCUGAAGAUAAAUUUGAUCUAUUUACCAAUGCUGGUAGUGGUAUAAUAGUUGAAAACUAG